GGGGCGGUACUAUGCGAUGACGAUCAACAGCACCAGCGACGGAAAGUAGGCGAAGAAGAAGCACAACAGCGGCAGUCAACAUGGCGUUCAGUUUUGGCGGUGGUGCAGCAGCCAACCCGGCAGCAAACACCUCCGGAUUUUCGUUCGGUUCGUUUGGCGCAAAGACCACAGCAUCAACUACUUUUGGUUUCGGCACCCCUGCGACCACCACCACCGCUUCGUCUGGAUUCGGCACUAUCACAGCUCCUGGUUUUGGGACUGCCACCACCACUGCGGCCGCACCAGCUGCAGGAUUUACCUUUGGCUCCACCAACACUGGCGCUUUUGGUGGCUUUGGGGCAACAACGACUGCUGCUGCACCAGGAUCCACAUUUAGCUUCGCUCCCUCUACCAACGCAACAGGCUUGUUUGGUAACACACAGAACAAAGGCUUUGGUUUCACUCCUGGCCUUGGUACUGGAACGGCUUCCGGGACAACCGGAUUUGGAACUGGAUUAGGAACAACUACUCUGGGUGGCUUUGGUGGCUUCAAUAUCCAGCCCACUCAGCAGCAGCAAGGAGGUUUGUUCGGCCAGCUGGCCCAGCAGCAAGCUCAGCCAAAUAACUUGUACCAGCAGGUGACAGCACUGUCAGCCCCCACCUUGUUAGGAGACGAGCGUGACUCUAUACAUGCCAAAUGGAACCAGCUGCAAGCCUAUUGGGGCACGGGGAAGGGCUACUUCAGCAACAACAACCCACCUGUGGACUUCAACCAGGAGAACCCUUUCUGCAGGUUCAAGGCUGUAGGAUACAGUUGUGUGCCAGUCAGUAAGGACGAGGAUGGUUUAGUGGCCUUGGUCCUCAACAAAAAGGAAGCAGAUGUGCGGGCGCAGCAGCAGCACCUGGUGGAGUCGCUGCACAAGGUUCUGGGGAGUAACCAGACGCUGAGUGUCAACGUAGACGGCGUCAGGUCCCUGCCUAAUGACCAGACAGAGGUGAUCAUUUAUGUGGUGGAGCGCUCCCCCAAUGGCACUUCCAAGCGCAUUCCCGCCUCGACACUCUUCACAUACCUAGAGCAGGCCAACAUCAAGGUGCAGCUCACACAGCUGGGUGUGAUCAUGUCUGUCACACGCACUGAACUCUCGCCUGCUCAGCUCAAACAGCUGCUCCAGAGCGCCCCUGCAGGGGUAGACCCCAUCAUUUGGGAGCAGGCCAAGGUGGACAAUCCAGAACCAGAGAAGUUGAUCCCAGUGCCUAUGGUUGGCUUUAAAGAGCUGCAUCGUCGACUGCAGAUUCAGGACCAGAUGACCAAGCAGCACCAGACGAGAGUGGACAUCGUCGCCAAUGACAUCAUUGAGCUUCAGAAGAACCAGGCGACCACGGUGGCCAAGGUCGCCCAAUAUAAGAGGAAGCUGAUGGAUCUAUCUCACAGGGUGCUGCAGGUGUUGAUCAAACAGGAGAUUCAGAGGAAAAGCGGUUAUGCCAUCCAAGUAGACGAAGAGCACUUGAGGGUGCAGCUGGACACCAUUCAGUCAGAACUCAAUGCCCCCACACAGUUUAAGGGUCGCUUGAAUGAGCUGAUGUCCCAAAUACGAAUGCAGAACCACUUUGGCGCUGUGCGAUCGGAAGAGCGGUAUAGCGUUGAUGCUGACCUUCUCCGAGAAAUCAAACAACACUUGAAACAGCAGCAGGACGGCUUGAGUCACUUGAUCAGCGUCAUUAAAGAUGACUUGGAAGACAUCAAACUCAUCGAGCACGGACUGAGCGACAGUGGACACAUGCGAGGCGGUAUCCUGAGUUGAGCCGAGCAACACACACUCACACACAAGCUCGCACACAAACCAACUCUCAAUAUCCAUCUUCUGAUGUGUGUGAGACACACAACUAUAUAUAUUUGUCAUUGUGCUGCUUCAAUAGGGGGCUGUGAAUAUAUAUUUUUGCAGAGAUCCAAUCAUUGACUAAUAUGUGCUUUCUGGACUGAUAUACAAAGAUCGCAGGGCCUAUUAAUAGCCUUCAUGUCAAAUCAGAUUAUGGAUAUGAGACUUUGAAGUGAAAAGAUGUAUUGACGGAAACACGUUUGUACAUUUGUAUUGUUUUUAUGUAUGCCAUUGGAAUGUUAUUAAAUUUCAUUUCAGUUUGAAACCCUC